CGACCACUCAUGAACUUUGGGCAAACAUCUUUUCUCCCAUCGUCCUUUCAUUCCGGCUUUCGCUGCGCUCUUCCGUCCGUCGGCACGUUUACGGUCUUUCACGGAGCGCAUCACCUCGUUCGUCACCUAGGUCGUCGCGCAAGAUACGGCCCUCAAAGAUGAUCGUUGCGAGGUCAGCACUCAGAGCGGUACCCGCCGCCUCUAACGCGGUCAAGGCUGCAGUGCCGCCCACGGCCCUAGCUCAACGUCAUGCUGUUGCCGUGCAGACUUCACAAUCGAUGACGUGCUUAUGCACAUGGUCCACCCGCCACGCUUCCACCUCAACAUCCACCUCGAGCGGGCAGAAUGGCGAUGCUGCGAGCAGCAGCUCGACCAAGCCGAAAGGGACGCAUGCGCACGCUUCAUCGGCGUCUUCCUCUAGCGACGCGCCCCGCAAGCCAUUUGUAGCGCCACCUCCACCAGGCUCAUCCUCUUUUCACGUCAGGACCCUGUUUCGCGUGCUGGUUGGGGCUGGCAUCUUGGCGACUGGGUAUGGCCUGUACGAGUACUAUGCCAUGUUUCAAACUUGGCCAAAGGAGAUCAGAGGCACUCUUCGAAGCGCCGUCAAGCUUCACAGGCAGGGUGAAGCUCGACGAGCUGAGAUUGCCUAUCGAUCCGCCCUGGCCCUGGCUCUGAAGAUGGAAGGUGGUGAGCUGGGCAAAGAUGCCAACUUGAAGAUCAGCGGCAUCUCAAUCGCUCUCGGCUCGCUUCUAGAGGAGCAUGAGCAGCUGGUCGCAGCGUACGACGUGUACAACGAUGCGCUCGCACGACUGCGAGACGAAUCGACGGGCGCCAAUAGCGGUCCCGAGCGCAUGAGAGCUGUGGCCAUUGCGCAAAGACUGGGUGACUUGGCGUCGACCACAGAGGUAUCGGCGCAUUUGGCGCAGCAGCCGCAUCUUGGAGUCACGCAGCCAUCCGACGCUCAGGAUGCCGCUGAAGCGCAUCUGGUUUGGUCAGUGGAGGAGCUUCUCCGUCUAUCGGUACCUGACGACGUUCGAAAAGGCGUACUGCAGGCGACGUCCGACGAAGCGUCCGCCGGAGUCACGCUCUCCGAGUUGCAGCUUCCUGCUUGGGUUCAACCGAGCGAGCUAGGAGCCAGUCUUGAAGCGCUUGCCACUCUCUAUGCGAAUCGAGGCAGGGCAGAGUACGCUGCGCCAUUGUACCUGCAAGCAAUAUCUCUCCUCUUGCCUCCUCCAGAGCAGCGCAAAAGGAAUGCGACCGCGGCAGAGAGGUGCCGCGCUGCAGUGAUGAUGUCCAACCUCAGCUUGAUCUUUUUGCAAGCUGCUCCAAAGGGCGCGGCAGGAGAGGAGGGUCGAUCGCAGGGUAGAAUCUGGGCUGAAAAGGGUCUGAGCAUCGUAGAGAAGACGAACGCGAUGGCUGGCUGGGCAGGCGAGAAGCCAAAGGCGAAAGUGGAAGGCGGACAAGAUGAGGAGCGAGUGAGGCAGGUCAGGGCGGAAUGCGCAAGUGCAGAGACUACCUUGCUCUUCAACCUGGGAUUUAUGAGCGAGCUCGCUUCUGAUCCUUGCCAAGCGCGCAAGUACUUUCAAAGGGCUUACAAGCGAGCCGACGAUAAUGGAUUGCGGGAAGCUAGAUCGCACGCAGCUGAAGCGCUAAGCAGGCUUGAACGGAGCGGAUCGCUGAGCUAAUCUAGACAUUGCAUCACUUGCUAUCAUCACUUGAUUCUGCGUAGGGCAAUACGAAGUCGUAAAUGGCAAGUCCAAUGCGAAAGAGGCUUGGGAUGGCUUGACGUG